GGCCCAGUCCAAGCAGUUCCCCUUUCCCCGGCUCGUCGCCUUCCUCCCUCUUGUUCCCCACCGGUGCAAUGUAUCGGGCCCUGUACGGCUUCCGCUCGUCCGAGCCCAGCUCGCUGGCCUUCGCCGCUGGCGAAACCUUCCUGCUGCUGGAGCGGAGCAACCAGCACUGGUGGCUGGUGACCCGGGCGGGCUCCGGGGAGACGGGCUACGUGCCGGCCUCUUACCUGCAGCGCCUACAGGUGCUGGAACAAGAUGUGGUUUUGCAGUCGAUUGACAGAGCUAUUGAGGCCAUUCAUAAUGUGGCAAUGAAGAACGGGGGGAAAUACAACCUGGAACAGAGGGAUGUUCUCCAAAAGUUGAUCCAUCAUCGGAAGGAGACUGUUUCCCGCAAAAGUCAUUCCCCAUCUGCUCCAGGGAUGACUGCCUCCUCCAGUGACCACCAUCUGGACCUCUCCAGGCAACCCAAUGGUGUCUGCAGGACUGGGUAUGAGCGGCACCACAGCUUGCCUAAUACGGACCCUCAAGAGGAUGACAGUGGCGUUUAUCAGAUCCCGGCGCAGCCCCGCCGUGCUGCUCCCGUCACUCCCCCUCCACCAGAAAAACUCAAGAACAUGCAGAUGUCUGCCUCCAUUAAAAAUGCAGUUGAAAUCACCUCUGGGUCAGUUUCUAGUGCUUCUUCUAUGAGCACAACUUCACUGGAUACCUUGUACACAGGCUCCACAGAGUCGGGUCUUCCACCGGCUACUCCCAGCCCUAGCAACACCCCUCCCCCUGUUCCCAGCAGAAGUUCUCACUUGAUGGUGUCACACAGCAUAGAUGUCAGCCCUGCUGUGCAAGGGAAGCAUGGGAGCGCAAGCAAAUCCCCCCAGUCCAAAAGGGCUGCCCCACCACCUCCUAUGCAAGGGGAGGCAUCGAAUGUCAGCAGCAAGAAGAGCAUGCAAGCCAGUGAGACUGUGGCAGGUGCUCCUGCAGGCUUAGAAGGCGUUGACUCUCCUUGCCUGGAAGAUAAGAAGGCUGUUGGUUUAGAGAAUGUGGAGCCGGAAUCCUCCAGCUUAGUAGUAUCCGUGCCAAAGACCAUGGGUGCUGAAUUGAUUGAGCUAGUCCGCAGGAACACAAAUCUCAGCUAUGAGCUCUCCCGGGUUGCCAUAGGUGUGGUGAUCGGCCAUAUUCAGACAUCCGUGCCUGCCAUUAACAGCAUCAUGGAGCAGAUUCUCAUCUCAUUGGUGGAAAGUAAGGAUUUGUGCUCAGGACUGCCUUCUGGACAGAUCUGUCACGAUGAACAGAGGCUGCAGGUGAUAUUUACAGAUCUGGCCCGGCAUAAAGAUGAUGCCCAGCAACGUAGUUGGGCGCUCUAUGAGGAUGAAAAUGUCAUUUGUUGUUAUUUGGAGGAACUGCUUCGUAUUCUGACAGAUGCAGAUCCUGAAGUUUGCAAGAAGAUGUGCAGGAAGAACGACUUUGAAUCAGUUUUGUCCCUUGUUACGUAUUACCAAAUGGAGCACAGAGUCCCAUUACGGCUGCUGCUUCUGAAGUGUUUUGGAGCAAUGUGCAACUUGGAUGCUGCUAUUAUCUCUGCUCUGGUGAAUUCUGUUCUGCCCAUGGAGCUAGCCCGAGACAUGCAGACUCACACACAAGACCAUCAGAAGAUGUGCUACUCUGCAUUGGUGCUGGCUAUGAUAUUCUGUAUGGGAGAACCACUGCCGUAUCAUCACUAUGAGCAUCUCAAUUCACAGUUUGUCCAGUUCCUGUUGGAUGUGAUUGAAGAUGGGUUGCCCUCAGAUACCACAGACCAGUUGCCUGACCUGUUCAUUAAUGUUCUUCUGGCAUUUAAUCUUCACAUUCCAGUUCCUGAGCAUAAUGUGAUCAUGGUUACUCUAAGCAAGCACUCCAACGUCAAAACCUUCACAGAAAAGCUGCUGCUGCUCCUGAAUCGUGGAGAGAAGCCUAACCUGUUGCAGACACGCCGUCGUGUUGGGGCAUGCUGCCUGGUGGCUUCAGCUGGGCUCCUCUUGCAAGUGGGAGCGGGCAACACACUGCAGACUGGUGAUUUAUUGUGAUAUGUGAACUGGGAAGCCCUGGCUUGUUCUUGGCUUAAGAAUGAGCACACUGCCCAGUUUGUCCUGUACCUUUGUGGACCUUUCUGUCUGCCCUGCGGUGCAUUUCUGAACUUCAGAGUUUGUAUAGGGUUAUGUCUCUAAACACGUCACCUAUUGCACCCAAAGGACUCCCGGAGUCUUGCAUUGUAGGUCUCUUGUAUUCCCCCACCCCCUGGCUCAUUCCCCUGAGGAUGCCUUUGCUAGCACUGAGCACUGUGUUGUGUCUGCUGUCUUUGAGGGGUCUAUUGUAAAGCACUUCAUUAAAAAUCCAGAGAGCUCUGUUCCCACACAGCCUAAUACCAGACGGGUCUAUCUGUGCUGACCAGCAAAGCAUUGUGCACUGGCUAAUGUUGUUAGGAGUGCGAGGUGCCUGCUUUCUCAUGCGUGUAGUACAUGUGUGCUUGCUUCCUCUCCUUCAGUUUGUUGAUUCCCUUCCUGUGUUUGAUGCUUUUAGCUCUUUAUUCCUGGUUUAAGCCCUUUUCAGGGGUGAAAAUGGUUUUCUUAGUACUGCACAGGGUGAUACUGCUUUUAACUUUGGGACUGCUCUGCUUGGUCUCCUUCCAAAGCCUUUAAUUCCUUCCUGACCAGAAUGCCUACUAUUAAUACCCUGCUUUGAGUCAUGUUGUCAAAAAUACAGGUUUAAAUAAAGGUGAAUCUUCCUACAGGGAAACCAACCCCUCCCCCUUGUCUACCCCUGUGGAAAAGGGGGCCACUCCCCUCUAGAGCAGGGUGGGCAGAAAGUAGAUCUCCAGGUGUCUGGGACUUCACCACAAGAAGUCUGUGGCUACAUGACCCAUGGCCAGGAAUGUGUGGGGUUUUAACCCAAAACCUUCAGAGAUUUUUUACCCAUUUGCUUUUGAAAACCUGAUAUGAAUUUCACCUAUAUCUCUUCAUGGAGAGAGCAGCCAUGAAAAGGGCUGUUGAAAAAAAGUGGGUGCCUCAGGAGGUGAGCUGGAGUUACAAUGUCUGUAUCAGAACACAGUACUGGCCGAUUUCUUUGAAAUGGGGGUCUGCUGGAGGGCUUUGAAGUAUAGCAUGGACUUUGCCCAUCAAUGCUUCCCCCACGUUUCAACAGACCGUUUCAUCCCUGCACCCUCGGUGAAGAAGUAGGAAUGCAGCUUAUGCAGCCCCACAGGCCCACCUGGAUCUGCCCUUCUGCCCACUUGAAAGUGGCUGGAGCCACUCACAGCCACCCGACUGUCGUCUACAGGACAACAGGUGCUCCUCUGCACUUGUUUGGGGAUUCCUGUGGCUGCAGCCUCCAGUUCAGCAAAGCUGGGAGAUGGGGAGGCGCAGUGCUGCCAGAGGCCCCCAGUUUCAUGCUGCAGGGCAGCCAGCCCCAGUCUAAGGCCCUCCAGUUGCUUUGGACUUCAACUUCCAUAAGCCCCAGCUAGCAUAAUGGUGGUCAAGAGUGCUGGGAGCUACUGUCGGAAACAUGAACAGGCACCAGGGAGCGGAGGGCUGCAGUAGGGACAGUAGUCUCUGCAGCUGCAACAGGAUGAAGCCAGAGGCCUGAACGUUUUAGUAAGGCAGACAAAGAAGAGGCCAUCCAGACUGCCCUGUGGUUCCAUACUGAAAGCACCACAGCUGUUUAGAAACAAAUUUGUGGGGUGGCAAGAAGGGCUAAGCUCUCAAUAGGGGAGAAGAACAUGCAUGUGAGGGGGAACACUUUAUCUCAUCAGAGUAUUCUUAAUUGCAGAAAAGCCCCCCAGCCAAAAAGAAAUGCUGCACGUUAAUUGUAUAACUGGGGUUGGAUCCAGACAAGAUGGAGGCACUGUUGGUGGGCACUCCAAAUGGAAAAUUUUCAACCUACCCUGGGGGGGGGGGGCUGCACUCCCCUGAAAGGAGAAGGCUCCUGGCUUAGGGCUGCUCUUGGACCUCCAGCUCUCCCUGGCCUCCCAGGUGGGCUCGAUGGCCAGGAUGGCACCUUUCUUCCACUUCAACUGAUUUCUCAGCUGUGUUCCUACUUGGCUGAUCAGAGCCUUGCCACAGUCAUCCAUGCACUGGUAACCUCCUACCUGGAUAGCUGUAAUGCGCUCCAUGUGGGGCUACCUUUGAAGACUAAAACUCCACAGGGUGGUGCAGCUGCUUAUGAGAGCCAGCCAUUGAGAACAUGUCACACCAGUCCUCCAUCAGCUGCUCCCUGUGCCAGUCAGGCCCAAUUCAAAGUGUCAUCUCUGACAUACAAAGCCCUAAACAGCUGGAGACCAGGCUUCCUGAGGCACUUCUUUUCUCCAUCUAUGCCUACCCUCCCACUUGGAUCUUCCUCCCCUGAACCCCCCCCCCCACCCGAGGUUCAGAGGUAAAAGGCUAGGAGAGGGUCAUUCUCUGUAGUGAAGCCCAGGUUCUGGAUCUUGCUCCCCAGGGACAUACAGCUGGGGCCGAUCUUGCUUUCUUCCAGGCACCAGGUAAACACCUUUGUGUUCCAGCAAGCAUUUGGUUAAAUUAAAUGGUAUUUUGCUGAUUAUCUACUUAAUGUUUGAUUGUUUUAAUUUAUAUGGUUAUAUUUGGAUAUGCCCUGUAUAUGAUUUUAUAUAUUAUUAUGUUGGGACACAUUUUAAUGUUUUGUUUAUUUUAUUGCUUGUUCUGUUUUCUCAAUUAUAU